AUGGCUCCCCAGGAGCUGAAAAGGACCGCCACCCUUGUGGUGGACCAGGCGCGGGAGGCAGCAGUGGAGAAGGUGACCUGCCCCAUUUGCUUUGAGGCACUCAGCGACUACCCGGAUCAGGUCGGAGCCCUGACGUUCCAGGGACACCGUGUUGAAACGGCCCUGUAUCACAGCUCGUGCGUGCUGAACGGCGACACGGGCAAGUUAGUCUUCCAAACGGAAACUGGUAGCGCCGUCAGCCCUCUCACGCGCGUGCCUGUGGAUGGAUUUCAGCUGAUGCCAUGCCUCACGAAAGCCAAGGCCUGGGCUUCCUUCGUGAACUGGGAGCAGGGAGUGCUGGACGUGAAGAAGGUUUGCAGCGCAGUCUGCGCACUCUUGCCGGUGGAUGAGUGUGAUGCGCGUCGCUUCGUCCUCAUGGAGAUCGGUCUGUCUGAUGACCAUCCGGAUGACACAGAGAUUAAGCAAAAGGAGGUGGUCGACUCCCUCUUACCGGCUGUGCGACGGCAACUCCGUCGCCUCGUCGGUGAAGCCCCAAAGCGCAAUGCACCCGAGCUCUGCAGGAACUCUGACGAGGGAGAGUUGAAGCAGUGGUUCCAGUUCUGGGACACCCGGAACACCGGCUUCUUGGACCACGCCACACUGCAUUUGGCCGUGACGACGGCCUUUCACACGGCCCUCGCCAAGAAUGCCGACCCCUCGACGAAGCUGGCGGUUGCAAAUGCCUUCUUCGCGGAGAUCGGGCUGCGGGAGUGUGAGGCAGUGAGCAUGAACGACUUCGUGACGAAGCUGGCGCCGCACCUCCUUGCCAACCUGCCCGUGGCGUACGGGCGAGGUUGGCCUUCAGGAGCCCCCAUCGAUCCCAAGCAACCGCUGACGCUGAAGCUUCGAGAGAUGCGCUCUGGCUCUGAAAGACCCGUCCACUUCGACGUAGCGGGGGAGGUCUUGGUUGGCGAUCUGCGCAGCGCGACACAUCGACGUUUUCCUGUCGUGCUGGCCCGGAAUGAGGUGAAGCUUUAUGUCAUGGGACAGCUUCUGGAAAACGACCUCCAGCCCCUCUUCAGUAUCCGUGGCAUCUACGACGGCGCCACUGUGAACUUCAUGCCGGGGAAGCGCUUUGCCGAGUCCAAGGAGCCAUCACGUUGCGCCACCCAGUGCAAGCAGAAGCUCCGAAUUAGCGGCAAGUACAAUCACAACGAUCUGCACCUCAGCGACCUCGAAGACCUUGACACGGAUGACGAGGAGGUCGUGGAGGUCGAUGCAAACGUAGUUUCUCCGGACUCCACCACGGCCUCGAACGCUUCGGCGCGAUUGGCAUUGUUCGAAGGCAUCUACCCAGUGCCGGGGGCAACGGAACACGUGAUGUCGUGCCGACCGCUGUGGCCUCUCCUACUGGCACAGGCUCUACUCGCACGAGGGAGCUUGCAAGACCAAGGCCAGAGAUUGAACGAUCAUAUGGUCCGACUUUGCCACAACAGGCAGCACUGCGUGGAGUCGGGUGCUAGCGCCACGGCGGGUGGUCAUGGCAUUCGGGUGAACUUCAUGUGCGGACCGGCGGGCUGGACGGAGGAGUCGAAGAAGAAGCACGCAAAGACCCACAGCAAGAAUGACCUCAGGUGCGACACUGAGCAGUACCAUUUCCAUGUGGAGCAGUCUAGCAGCAACAUCGUGGUGACCUUCAAGUGCCCCAGGGUUAAUGGCCAGCGACAGUACUGCAGGAUUCCCGCAUUCGGCUCGAGUUUUACUGCUCCUGCAGCGGCGUGCUGCAAGCUGAUGCAGACAAAAGCCAACAUCGAACUGGCGGCAGUUCUCGUCAAAAAGGAGAAGUCUCACUUCUCAUAUCUUUUCAUUGCUGUGCUUUUCUGUGACGCACUGGAGCGUCCCAUGGAGGAGCGUGCUGAGGCUGCAAUUCCCUUGGAUGCCUUGGUACUGUCACAGAAUGUGCCUUUUGGUUCAUGCCAUGGCGAAAAGGUGGUGAACACGCACAUCCGAAUCGGAGGCUACAGCACAGCAGUCAGCACAGUGUUUGUCAACAUGCGCUUGGUGGUUUCGCUCUUUUGUGAGCCUGCAGUUUUGUUCCAGAGGGAGCUUAUGAAUUUGCCGACGCGGCUUCUUUGCCUCGUGGUCCAGCCGCAGCUGAAGCACAGGUUAGCAUACGGUGCACUGCUAACAGCUUUCACGUCCUGUGGCUCCCUGACCUGUGCAAGUGCUCCCUGUACUGGUCCGGACUGCCCAUCCCUGGCGGUGCUGACGGCCAAUUUGGACACAGCUGGUGGGCUAGAGACAUCAUGGCUCCUUCUUUGCACCUUCCUGGUGAUUUCGAUGCAGCUGGGCUUUGCCAUGCUAGAGGUCGGCUCUGUUCGUGAAGCACAUCGCAUGACGGUCUUGGCCAAGAACGUCCUGGACUCCGCUGUAUCCUGCCUGGUCUUCGCCGUAGCCUCGGGGCGGGGACUGUGGGAAUCCUCCCUAGUUCUGGAUGCCGAUGGCUUCAAGAUGUACGACAUGCAGCUCUAUCAUUGGGCCUUCUGCGCGACCUGCGUCACCAUCUGCAGCGGCUCCAUGGCGGAGCGAACUCACAUCAUAGGCUACCUCACGCAUGCCUCGCUGAUGGCGGGUCUCAUCUUCCCCCCGAUCGCCGAAGCAGUCUGGGGGCGUGACACAGGCUUCAUGAGGAAGGUCAUGAUGGACAUCAUGCAGAAGGACUACUACUACCACGACUGCGCUGGAAGCGGUGUCGUUCAUUUGGUAGGUGGCACGGCGGCUCUAGCUGGGAAUCUCCUCCUGGGCCGACGAAUCAUGCGCUCAGACGAGGCAGAGCAUGGGGAGUUGCUAGAGCAGCUCGCCUCCGAGAAUAAGCUGAAGGAUCCGGAGAAUCCUCGCUCCGAGCAGGAAUUCCUGGAUUCGCGGAGGCCAAGCGGCGAGCUGAGCCCACCGGGAGCAGGUCCUUCCCGCUGGCUGCGCCGAUUCGACAAUGCGGAGCGCGACAAGCGGGAGUUUCAGCCCUGUAACUACCUGCAGGUGAUGGGUAUGUUCAUCCUCUGGGUUGGUUGGUACGGCUUCAAUACCGGUGGAGUCCUGUCAGCCAGCAGGGGAGGUGCCCACUCUGCUGGACUCGUCGCCUGGAACACCACUAUUGCCGCUGCUGCCGGGGGGUUCGGUGCGUACCUUUACCUCUACGGCUUUCACCUGAAUUUGGAUAUCGGGUUCCUGUGCAAUGGGAUGCUGAGUGGCCUCGUGUCGAUCACAGCUUGCUGCGAUGUCGCACAGCCCUUGGCAUCUCUGAUCAUCGGCCUCAUCUCUGGCGCUGUCAUCUACCCUACAGCCUCUUCCCUGAUGCGACGGCUGCGUCUGGACGAUCCAGUGGAUGCGGUGCCGGUGCAUGCGGCCGCGGGCUUUUUCGGUGUCCUCGCCGUGGCGCUCUGCCGGCCGGACUGCGAGGCCUUCGCACGAGCAGGCCCUUUAAACAAGGUUCAGCAGCAUUUCUGCAGGGAGGAUUAUGACAUGGGCCUCCAGAUGGUGGAACAGCUGUGGGGCUGCGUGGUCAUCGUCCUCUGGACUUUUGUGAUCUCUUACACGUUUUGGCUACUUCUCGCCACUGCAGAGAGCUUGAGAGCUUUGGAGCUGGAGCAAGUGAACCAAGCUGAGAAGCUACUUGAGCAGCUGAGUGGGAAUCCCAAUCAAGACCCUGACAUCAAGUCUCAGGUGAACGAAGGGCUCGUGAGCGUUGCAGAGCUGUCCCGGACGGUGCGGAAGGCCCUGAAGCAACACGGAUGGAACGGCCGCGCGUUCCUUACCGGACAUCCGCAAGACCUCAUGAGCUUGCUGGACAAGCUGCGCCAAGCACAGAUCAGUUCAUUGGACACAGCUCUCGAGACCGAGGUCUGCAGAGCGCUUCGCUUUCUGGUGAGACUCAGCAAGUCGUGUUGGAUUUGCCGCGAGCUGGCUGUGGCGCGUCUGCGGAUCCACCCCUGGGCGGAAAUCUCAGGCCUGGGGGCCGCCGAGACCAGCGGUGGAAGGCUGUACCUAGCCAUCCAGCACGCGGCUGGGCAGGUGGCAGAGCUGCGGCAGCAAGCGUCUGCCGAGCCCCUCCAAAACGAAGUGCGAGAGCUCAGCAUGCUGGUUCGCAGCCAGGAUGUUCUUCUGCGACGCUUGAUGAACCGCCGCUACGCCGGACUUUCCUCGUCGUCCUCGCCUGGGAGGCGACUCCAUCGUGUGCCCGAGGAGCAGCUGGGACGAGCCCAGGUGGCGCAUGAACGGCCAGAGCCGACCUCCCCGUCCAGCGCGGCUGUUAGCCCAGAAUCCUCGCCGGCAUGUUGCCGACAGGCGGAUGAGGACCUUAGCCAGCCCUCGACAGCAAGAUCUUUGCGCUCUGGCAGCAGAGCAGCAUGGUCCGAUGCGCGCGACAGCUACAGCAGCGCACCGGGCUUCCGACUUGACCUUCGCUCAGAGACGGCAAGUACUGUGUCCGAAGCUUCCAUGGGUGCCUUGUCACCCCACUCGGCGAACUCUUCAACGCCUCCACCGACCGUGCAUCAUCGGCUCUUGCGCCCGCCGUCGGCACCUCCAAAUCCCAAUGUCAUGAACGUUGCGGAGCAGCUCGUGCAGAUGUUGCAGGUCCAACAACAGCUCCUGUCGACGAUAGGUGCUCCACAGCUACCACCGAAUGAAGCCCCACAUCAGGGAUUGCCGUCGUCACCGAGUGCAGAGAGCCAGCCCUUCAUGCAGCAGGCGGCGCUGCUGUGCGCUGCCCUCCAGCAGGUGGCCGACUCUUCGCCGAGCGUUGCGUCGUCGUCGCGGCGGACGACGCAGUCAGAGCUCUGA